AUGCUAAAAUUUAUCCGACUAGCUAGCACUACAUCUUCCCAAACCAGACCCGAACUACUGUCAAUCCUACCAUCAAAACGGACAAUAAAUCGAAUACUCUUUGAUAAUGAUUCGCCCAUAACCUAUUCGAAAAUGAUGCCUGUCCUUACAAACAUCUACAACAAUUUACCGCAACCGUCGCAAAUUGAAAUCCCACCAUCGGUGAAAUCUCUGGACUUGAUGGUGUUUCGAAAACUUUUAACGAGCAUCCGAUCAGUGACACAGUCGGUAAACAAGCAUUUACUUGCUUUGGAAAAUGAAUUGGUCGAACAAGCAGCCGAAAGAGGCGACUUGGACGCGAUAACGAUGCUUGCUUAUGAAACAAUACGUGAAAACUUGCGUGGCGAAACCGUUGUUGUUGAUCGGGUGGCGGCAAAAGAGGAUUUAGCCCAUGCUAAUAAACUUAUAAAGCAAUUGACCGACUUGAAACACCCAUUAGUGUUUAAAAUGGCGGGCGAUUUGGCAUUUGAGAAAAAAGUAUAUGCAACUGCCGUUGAUUACUGGCAACAGUUUUUGGAGUUGGAGAAUGAUACUAUUGAAGCCGGCCAUGUUUACUAUAGUUUGGGGUAUUAUUACUUUUCGCAACCACCACCAAUACAAGACUUAAACAAAGCUCAGCAAUAUUUUCAAAAAUGUAUUCAAUUGACUGAUUUGGAUUUGCAUUCAACUAAAGCUCAUUACUAUUUGGGACAGUUGUACCUUGACAAAAACCCACAGGUUGCCAAAUAUUUCAUGGAGAUUAGCGCUCUGAAAUCAUUGUUGGAGAGCUUUGCCAGUUUAGGGUUUUUAGAAAUGAACAAGUUCAACAAUUACGGCAUUGCUAUUGAAUGGUUUAAGUUGGGAGUAGAGGCUAAUAAGGACUUGUUGUGUUUAAUUGGUCAAUUCGAUUGCUACAUCAAGAUGAAACAGUGGAGACUGGCUGAUAAAGUGUUGCAGAAUUUAAAAGAGUUGCGUAUAAAGAUUAACGAUGUCAAGAGGAGUAAGAAACUGGUGCCCGAUUCAAUGAAGGAGAGUUUUCACGUCAAUGACUCUUUACUAACAUCUUUUUUUCAAGGACGUAAAGAAGAGUUUGAAUUGCUACAACAACAUGUAUAA